AUGGAGGGGAGUGUCGGCGCUGUGUUCAUAGGCAUUCAGCUUGGGCACAGAUCCAUUGACGUGCUCGAUCUCUUCCACCGUUCGUGGAACGCGGAGCUGCUACGGAAUGCUGCGGCGGAGGCGACUGGCUGCCUCCUGCGCUUCCCACUGCUGUGCGUCGGCGGCACACUGUACAGCGGCGUCGUCGCCUCUGUACACACGAGCGGUGCCAUUCGUGUUGUGUCGAGUGGCUGUGUUGAGGCGGCUUUGGCGAUUUCUGACUUUGUGUAUGCAUAUGUGGUGCAACGUCUGCCGCCGCGAACAGCAGCAGCAGCAGCGGUUGAUGGCGACACUAAGAGUAUUGUGUUCUUUCAGGUGGUGCUGAAUCCAGUCCCGUCGCCUCAGCAAGAACGCCACGUUAACACAUCGGAGACUGGAGCGGCUAGGCUACGUGACCACAUUGCGUCCUCCUCUUUGCGUGCCGCUGCAGGAGAAAGAGAGGGAGAGGCCACGCACAACAGCCUCUGGUGGCGCGCGCUGACGGACAGCUCUGUGGCGUGCCGCCAAUACCGCCAUACACUGCGUAUUGUGUGCCGCUUCAAGCAGCCGGCCCCGUUCCCUGUGCGCGGCGCGGCAGCCGCAGGUGGCGGCAAGAAAGAGGAGUGCGAGGCUGAUGCGUUUUUUGGUAGUGAGAUGAUGUCUGUAAUGCCAAUGGGUAGCAUGUUUGUGGCGGUGCCACACACGGCUGAGAAGAACGGCGAGGAUGCGGAUGACUUUUUUUGGCGAAAGCGACUGCGGCAUGAGAGUGAGACAACACGCUCGUUGCAGUCUGCCUCAGCGGAGCCUGCUGUUGUGGAUGGCACGGCACUGCCACCACAUCAGGCAGCGGCAGAGGGAGAGGGAGAGGGCGAAGGGGCACCAGCAUCAAGGACAGGAGAAGCAACAACGGUGUGCCCAUUGGUGGCAAAGCCACAGAUGAAGGUGGAGGCAAUGGUCUAUCGUACAGGUCGUGUGUUCGUGACUGCGGACUCGGUUGCGGCUUUGUCGUUUGUUGUUGAAGAGAUUCUGCUACCACUUUUCCAGAACUAG